CAGCAAUAUAGAAUUCAAAUGCCCAAUAUCACAAAUUUUACUUUAUCGACAUGAACGACACAUAAUCUUUAGUAUCUAUGCCCAAAAUUGUAGAUGGCGUAAAAAAUAACUAAUUCUUUGCACGUUCCGUAUUGUAGUUCCCUAGAUUUCUAUUGCAACAAUAUAAAUAAUAUUUCUUCAAUUAAAUAUAUUUUGUAUACACCGGAUACAAUAAAGUAGAUUCUGUCAAAAUUACUUCAUUGCAAAAAUGCUUUUAACGUUAAAAAAAAUUACUCUGAAACCAAAUCCUUAAAAGUUGAUUUGAUUCACGUAGAAGCAUUCGUUUAAAAAUAUAUAUGCUGUAAGUUUGGUGAAAAAUAUGGAACAUCAAAUCAAUAGAAAUUAACUGUUACAAGUCCUCCUUGCGUCUCUUUUUAAACUCAAAUAUCCAACAAAGAUGCAACAGUGCGCUCGAUACGAAACAGCUGAUUAUUUAAUCAAAACUUCGUAGUUAAAGUACAGAAUACAGUUAUUUUAGCGUAUAAUAUAUAGUUCGAUUAUAUAUUUGUGAUUAAAGUUAAGGUUUGCGAAAGUGACUUUAAACUAAAACUUUUCUAGAAAUAUGUCACGAUUCUAUAACAUUUUUAAAAAGGGGAAAUGUUCUGUGAUUGGGAUGAUACACGUUGGUGCAUUACCUGGAACACCUUUGUAUAGUGGUAAUACUAAAAAAAUUAUAAGUAAUGCAAUAGAAGAAGCGAUAACUUAUAGUGAAUAUAAUAUUGACGGUAUAUUAGUAGAAAAUAUGCAUGACAUUCCAUAUGUAAAGCCCAAAGAUUUAACUCCUGAAACUACAGCAAUAAUGACCAGAAUUUGCACAGAAGUAAGAAAAGUAUUACCUGAAAAUAUACCCUGUGGUAUACAGAUUUUGGCAGGAUGUAACAAGGAAGCCAUAGCUGUAGCAAAGGCAGCAAAUCUUCAAUUUAUCAGAGCAGAAGGGUUUGUCUUUUCUCAUAUUGCAGAUGAGGGUUUUACAGAUGCAUGUGCUGGCUCUUUAUUAAGAUAUAGAAAACAAAUUGAUGCAGAUGAUAUUCUUAUUCUUGCUGACAUUAAAAAGAAGCAUAGUUCACAUGCAAUCACUUCUGAUGUAAGUUCAUCAGAGACAGUAAAAGCAGCAAAAUUUUUCUUAGCUGAUGGAAUAAUACUGACAGGGAUUACCACCGGUGACCCAGUUAACGUAUCAGAAUUUACAGAGAUUAAACAGAAUAGUAAAAUACCAGUUCUUAUUGGUUCUGGCGUUACAAAAGACAAUAUAAAAGAUUAUUUAUCCUCUGACGCCGUAAUUGUUGGAUCGCAUUUUAAAAUCAGUGAAACUUGGCAAAAAAGAAUUGAUAAAAAAAAGGUGAGCAACUUUAUGGCAAAAAUGAAAGACCUGCAAAACUUCCAAUAAAGAUUACACUAAAAAUGUAUAUUUAAAAAAUCAUGUUUUUUAAAUAUUAUUUUUAUAUCUAUUUGUAAUUCUAAUUAAACAUAUACUGUGUACAUA